AUGGAGAAUGUGAAAAGGCUGAGGUCAGACUGGAGAUAUCCCACCACUUUGCUGUGUAUCUAUGGAUUUUUUAGCACGGUAAAGCCGCUGGAGCCUUUCCUCAUACCAUUCCUGACAGGGAAGGACAAGAAUCUGACCACUGAGCAGGUGAACAGUCAGAUUUUCCCUGUAUGGACAUACUCCUACCUGUCUGUGCUGGUGCCCGUCUUCCUGCUCACAGACUGGUUGCGUUACAAGCCUGUGGUGGUCCUCCAGUGUGUGAUGCUCUUUAUCACCACGGCUCUCCUGAGAUGGACAGAAAGCGUUCCGGCCAUGCAGGCCAUGCAGUUCUGCUACGGGGUGGCUACAGCCAGCGAGGUGGCCUAUUUCUCCUACAUCUACAGUGUUGUAGAUCUGAAGAGAUACCGUAAGGCAACUUCUUACAGCCGCAGCGUCCAGCUCCUGGGAUACACUGUAGGUUCAGUGCUGGGUCAGCUGCUCGUCAGCUUCAACCUCAUGUCCUACAACAACAUCCUUGUGUUCACGUUGGUUCUCACAGCCAUCGCUCUCAUUACCUCCUGCUUCCUGCCCAUGCCAAAGAGAAGCAUGUUCUUCCAUAGAAAAGACUCUGGAGAGAGAGCAUCAACUGAAGGCACAAAGAGGCAGAGAGAUGGAUCUGAGGAUAAGGAGAAUGACUUGGAAAGAUCAAGUACCUCCCUUGGAGACAAAGAUGAUCAAGAGCAGGGAGUUGAUGAAGAUGAUGAAUCAGAUGAGAAUAAAGGUGCAAAAUCCUGCAGCCAGGUGGUUGUUGGGCUGUGGAGGGAUUUCCGCCGGUGUUAUUCCUCCAGACAGCUGUUAUACUGGUCUGUGUGGUGGGCAAUGGCCACAUGUGGAUAUAACCAGACGGUCAACUAUGUACAGGUGCUGUGGGAGCAUGUGCAGCCUUCGCAGAACUUCAGUAUUUACAAUGGUGGUGUGGAGGCUACGUCAAACCUGCUAAGUGCAGCAACUGCCUAUGGUAUAGGCUUCACAGAUGUAAGAUGGGAGCAGUGGGGGGAGCUGGCCUUGGGGGGCUUCUCAGGACUUGGAGCUGCUGCACUAUUCCUCAUGACUUUCACUAACAACAUAUGGGUCUGCUACAGCACUUACGCUAUCUUCAAAUGCCUGUAUAUGCUGCUGAUAACGAUAGCUAUGUAUCAAAUCGCCACCGACCUGUCUAUGGAAAGGUAUGCUCUGGUGUUUGGGGCCAACAACUUUGGAGCCCUGCUUCUGCAGACAAUCAUCACUGCUGUUGUGGUUGACAGUGGGGGGCUUGGCCUUGCUAUUGUUCCUCAGUUUAUCAUCUAUGCCAGCUACUUUUUAGCCAUCUCUCUGGUUUUUUCCAUUCGGGGAGUUUUUAGCGUCUGUAAAACACAGAGAAUGAAGAAGAAACAAUCGACUGUAAACAGAGAACAACCUGAAAUCUGUGAGGAGUACAAAUUCUAA